AUGGUUGCCACGCUCCUCUCCAUCUUCUCACUUUUAAACCGAAACAUGGCAGACCCUAGAGCUGAACCUACCUUCCUUGCCGUCAAACCCGAUGGCGUUCAGAGAGGACUCGUUGGCGAAAUCAUCAGUCGUUUUAGGAAGCUUGGUUACCAGCUUGUAGCCGGCAAAUUUGUCUGGCCAUCCAAGGAUCUUCUGCACGACCACUACGCUGAGCUGUCCAGCAAGCCAUUCUUCCCUGGUCUCAUCGAGUACAUGAGCUCAGGCCCUGUUUUUGCCAUGGUUUGGGAAGGCACAGAUGUCGUGAGCGUGGGCAGAAAGACGAUUGGUGCUACAAACCCACGGAAGUCCCCUAUUGGGACCAUCCGAGGAGACCUUGCUAUUGAUGUUGGCCGAAACAUCUGCUAUGGUAGUGAAUCUGUUGGAACUGCAGAGCGAGAGAUUGCCUUGUGGUUCACCACUGAUGAGGUCGCCAGCUAUGACCUUGCCAGAAGAAUUGGAUUUAUUAAAAAAAAUUACUUCUAG